AUGGUGAACAGCUUGUGGUUCAAGUGGAAAAGCUUCCGGCUUCCCUGGCGAAAAACCUUUCUUGUCGGUCAGUCUGAAAUCGUAUGCGCUCCCCUUCGUCGCAACGCUAACCCCCGUGUCAUCAUUCCAGGCCAAGACCUCGCCGGCAACACAUUUUGGGAGUUUAAGGAUGUGCUGAACGCUGGCCGAUUCCGACGCAUCGUCAAGUUCGACCCGAAAACCCACUACGGCGACGUCAAGGUUACACCACAAUGGCACCAGUGGCUUCGAUACGUCCGAGAGAACCCACCGAGCAUCCAAGAGCAGCAACAAGAUCUCAUCCGCCAAGCCCAAAUCAAGGAACUCGCCCGACUUGCCGAUGAACGUUGGGCUAGCAAGCCGUCCUUCCUUGAUAAACCGCAGGCACAACAGCCGGAACCAGGCACCCAAAUUGGUGAUGCCACAUUGAAUCCGACGACAGCCGAGGCCGCUAGUCCAGCGCAGGCGCAAGCUUCGUCAGCAUCUUCGUCCGGGACGUCAUCGCAAGCGGAUUCAACUUCGGCAAGCAAACAGACCAAGAAAGAAGAAAAUCCCUGGGCCAAAGCCAGUAACCCGGGAGACGGUUGGCAGCCCGAGUCAUGGACUCCGACCUCGCAUCGGUGA